CCCGUCUCGACGGCUAUAUAAACGCCGCGUAACAGUUCUCGCAGUCUUUCGACGCGACGGUUUACCUCAGACACGGCGCCAUCAGUGAGAUUUUGAGAAGGAGGAAAGCGGUGCCGGUGAGCUACGUCGAGGAUGGUACUAGUGAACGAGGACAGGGAAUCUUACAACCGAUCGGCAUAGGACGCCCGGGGGUUUAACAGGGUAGUGCACAACCCCCGUAAGGGGUGUGUAUGUGGACCUAAUGGAAGGAAUCGGACUGGGAAGGCAACAGGUGAGGGGAGGACGACUAGCCUGGUGGGGGGAUCACUAGUCUCGAGACGCAGCAGUCCAUUCAGUGUACGACACAGAUCCAGUUUAACUGCUCCUGGCUCGAUCAUCCCUAAUUUCGACAUGGGUUGUGUACAGUCAUAUUUCAAAAAAGCACAAUCAAGUGGAUUAUCACCGUCCUCGACAGAGGAGUCAAACAGCAAAGGCCCCGGCUUAGAAGCAACUUCAAACGAUGAUCGUAAGACCUCGAUUUCCAACGCAGAAGAGAAACCUGCAGAAGAGCCUGAAAGUAACGACACUUCGUACGGGGUCGAGGCGACGGCAGUAAGGACUCUCGCCGCUUCGACGGGAACGGUCGCCAUUCUGGGAACGACAGCACACUCCCAGUCGCAGAAAGAUUUGAGGAAAGUAGACGAGAGUCCCGAAAAACCGUCUCUACCGCCGGAAGCCGCCCUUGAAAAUAAGACUGACGAUAAGACUGCAGGCCCCGAUACAGGUGGAAUGAAGGUCGAGACAAAGGAAAAAGCCGAAGAUGUAGAUAAGACUCGAGAGACAGCGACCGAAAAAAUCGAUGCCCCGAGUCCCGAGGGACUUAAAGUCGAGUCUACCUCGUUGAGCGCUCCUAGGGAAGAAGUCACAGUCAAGGAAGGAGAGAAUUCCGUUCCAGAAAAAGCCUUAGAUGUCGAAAAACCCGAUGAGGUGACAUCGACUGAAGAAAAACAGAAGGUGUCAGAAGAGAAACAGCCCUCGUCGAACGAGCCCGCCGAACAAUCUGUACCGGUCGAGAAAAAGGAAGAACACAAUCUACCCCUUUCGACAGAAAACGCCGUCGACGUUGAAACCGAAAGACAAUCAGAUGACACAAAAGCGGAAACGCCCUCCGUCGGAACCGAGUCGGUUCUGUCCGCUAUCGAAAAGAAAGAACCAACGCCUAGCGAAAAUUUGGGAGAUUCUUCAGUACAAUUAACUAGUCAGACGGAGAAAUCAGAAAAGAACGAAGAGAAAAAAGAGGAACUGAUCGAAAAUCCUGUCAAUGAUGAAAAACAAUUAGGAGUGAAGCUAGUCGAAGAAGUUCCCGAUACUCCAGUCGAUAAAGAAGAAAAGUCUACCGAGCACAAAGAUGAGAAUCAUUCUCCCGGACAAGAAGAGAACACAGAAUCUCUGAGUACGGAAAAUGAUGUCAGCUUUCCAAGCCCUGAUGCGAAUACAAGAACGAAUGAAGAAGAGGACAACGAUAUAUCCAGCGAACAGCUCAAAACCAACAGUCUGUCUGAUAUGUCAAUGUCAGAAACGGCUCAGUUAGAAUUGGAAGACAAAUCGGAAACUCGAGGACCGAGUCUAACCCUAGAUGUUGAAAAUGUAGGCUUAGAAGAAGCAAAACAAUUAGUCUCACCGAUGAUAGAAGUCAACUCGCCUUCUGAAAAUUCGGGUAAAAACAAUUCGGACCAAGAUAAAACGCCCGACCUAUUGCCCGAUUCCAAGACGGACACAACAUCUUUAGAGGACAAAUCUCAAAAUUCCAACUUGAGCGGGGACUCCCCCGACCUGAACGCCGCUGCCACUACCAUCCAGUCCAACAUCAGAGGCUUUCUAACCAGGAGGCAUCUGAAAAAGUCGCAAAAUUCCAGUACUGAAGAUGUUAGUAAAAAGUUGACUGAUAGUAUGAUAGAUAAAAUAAAAGAUGAAGUCGAUGAAAUAUGCAAAGAAGCUGAGAAAACGACCGAGUCCCUCAUCAGCAGUCCAGACAUCGACAAAGGCGCUAUAGCACCCAACGAAGAAUUCCCAGCUCCUCCGGAUGACAUGCUCACUGAUAAAUUAGAAGAGACUUUGGAAGAAGAUACGACCUCGCUCAAUUCACAACCGACAGUGCCUUCCUCAGCGUCUCAAAAAGAAACUAAAGAGAGGGAACAAAAGGGUGAAAAACCGACUUCUGCUAAACAGCAACAUGCUCUAGAUGUUGCACCUCCACCACCAGCAGAUUUAGAUGACAAUAGUGCCGCCGACAGUGAACAGUUGCCCAACGAUGAAGAUCUUCCAGCGCCAGACUUUGAAAUGUUUGAAUCUUCUUACACAGAUGAUGUUAACACGGAGAUAAUAAAUUCUGAUAAAGUUGGUAACGUCGAAGAUCUAAAAGAUUCGACUGAAGGCGAUCUCACGAUCGACGAAGACUCCGACAAAUUGUUGAAGGAGUUGCAAAAGCCCCAAGAAUGUGAUGAACUUGUUAAUGUUGCUGCUGAAAUCAUUGACCAAACAAAAAAAGAAAUCGAUGAUGCCGCAACAAAAAUCCAAGCUGGAGUCAGAGGAUAUUUAACAAGGAAACAACAGAACGUUAAGAAUAAACGAUCAAAACAGUCGAUAGAAGAAGCAGACAGAGCUUCAAUAGUUCAGACUCCAUCAGAUCAUCAAGAAGAAGCCAGCGCUCCAGAAGACAGCUUAAAGGCAUUAGAAAAAGACAUAAAUGAUGCAGCAACUAAAAUUCAAGCAAACUUCCGAGGCUAUAUGGUCCGUAAAGAAGGAAAAAACAAGACCACUGAUAAGGAAGUGAAAGACCUCCCUGAAAAUCUUUCACCUGAUGAAACACAAACCAAAGAAGAGAGCGUUCAACCCUCUGGACAUCCUGAACAGACUGGAUCUGACUUAGACCCAGCGCAAAAUGUAGAAAAGGAAGGAGAAUUACAAGAAGUCAACAGCAAAAACGCUUCCAAAGAUCUGUCAUUAAAAAAAGAAGACAUUCCUUCUGAGGAUUUAAUUAAUGAUUCAGCGAUUAAAAUCCAAGCUGAAGUCAGAGGUUACUUAACAAGAAAAAAGCUACAAACCGAGAAGGAAGCUGCUGCCAAAAUCCAAGCCGGUUUCAAAGGUUACAAAGUGAGGCAACAAAUCAAAGAACAAAAAUAAAUACUGUAAUUUACCACUCAAAUAAUAAAAAUUGAAACAAAUAAAAACAAAAAAUUAUAAUAAAUAUUUUUAUAUCAGCGUUACAAAUGUGAAAUCUCAUUUAAAUAAGUAAUAUUUUUGUUUUUUGUUAUUUUGAAUUAAUGUUGUAAAUAAAUUAAUAAUUUGUAUAAAUUGGGUAUAAUUACAAUUUUUUUUAUUUAUACACAAAUUUCAGUUAUGUGUUUCAAAAAAGUAAUACAUUAAAAAAGGCAAAAUUUCAUUUUUUUUCUAGUUUAAAAGUAAUUUUUAUUUGUUUAACUGCAUCAUGGAAGUUGUUCCAAGUUAAAUAUUUAGUAAUCUAAACAAUUUAUGAUAUUGGUGUGAAUUGUUAAUUCCGAUUCUAUUUGUCAAUAUUUGUAUAAAUUUUAUAAAAUAUAAAUAGGUGCAUUAAUAAAUGUACUAAGAUAUAUUCUAAAAGAUAAAAAUAAGAGUACACUUUUAAUAGAUUAUACAAUCAAUAUAUAUUUAAAAAAUAAAGCAAAACACCAUCAAUAGGUAAAAAAUUUAUAUUUUGAGUUUAGAAUAUAAUUUCGUAAAAUGUGUAGUCAAACGAGUUCAAGUUUGUGCGUUUAUUAUGAAACAUUAAUGUUUAGAUACAUAUUGGGGAAAAAAUUGAAACAAAAGAAUAAUAAAUUGGACCAUUAGAAAUUUUUUAAACAUGUUAUAUUUGAAAUAUUGAGAGUAUAUGACUGCAUGCAUAUUUAUGGUUUCUAUUGUGCGUGUAAAGAAUGGAAAUACAUUAACCCUAUUUUAUAUUUUCUUUGUGAUUGAGUGGUGAAACAAGAGCAAUAAGCGAUUUGAUGUUGGGCUACUUUUUUGUAAAUAAGCCGAAAUCAAUUAAAAAAACCUACCUAUAUCGUAAACAUUUAACACGGCUAUAAAAAGUUUAUUUGUAAAUAUUUACUUUUGUGUCUUUAAAAUGAAAAACAUUAACGAUUUUGAAUCUGUUCUGUACAAAUCGGUAGAAAUAUUUUUUAUAGUCGUCUUGAUCAAAUUUAGUCUUUCACGCCCUUUUCACUAUUAACCAAGUAGCUCCUUCAUUCUAUAAACUGGCUUAAUCGAAACUAGAUAUAUAUAUGUAAGUAUGUAGACAAAAAUAUAUUUAUUACAUAUCCAAAAUGUAAUCGAAUGGUUAAUUAAACUGUAAUUUUUAAGGUGGAAAAUUAAGUGACAAACAUUCCCAAUUUGUAAUUAUAAUUUUUAUUCAAACAAAUUAAACAAUGAGAAACUAUUGUAAUUUGAAACUAAUAAGACAGAUGAAUAAUACAAAAACCCUUUGUAUUUAAUCUCUAACUUUAACAGGAAACAAAAUAAUAAAUAAUGUAUUUCCAAAAACAUAUCAAACAAAUUAAAAUGUAAACAAACCAUUUAAAAUUAAUUAAUGCCUUCUUUGUUGAUAAAUAAACUUUCUUUUCUUUUAAAAUGUUUUGAGUUAUGUUGAGUUGUUGAAGAUUGUAAAAUUUAGAAAAGUGUAGUAGAAAAUAUAUAGUAUGAAAAUAACGACAAUUAUACAAGUAUAUAUUUUUUGUACCAAUAUUGGUUGAAACAAACAAAACAGGGUGUGUUAGAACUGUCAGGUACCUCCAUACCUACAACAAUCAGCAGUUCGUAGCAAUCCAACCUGUACUAAUCGAGUUCAUGUAUUGUUAUAUAUUUUGUAGCUGUACUAUUUGUAUGUUUCCACGAUUUUAUGUAAUAAAGUUUAUUACAUUUAUCUUUC